CUCUGGAUAAAUCUUCCGAACUUGGAGACCCUUUUGUUGAAAAGCUCUAAUAUCUCUGGCACUGUCAAUUCUAUUGCAAGAUCAAAAUUUAGCACCGUAUUAAGCUACAUAGAUCUAGCUGAAAACGCCGUUUUCUGGGCCAAUUUCUGAUCUUUCAAGCUUUGGUUCAUGCUCAAGCUUGAGUUUUCUGAAUCUUUCCCAGAAUUUCUUGCACUUCAAUGUUCAGGAUUCAAAAGGGUUACAUCUCAAUUUUCUAGUGCUCGAUCUUUCUUACAAUAAGAUAUCCGGUCAAGACCUAGUUCGGUGGCUAUUACCCAAUGGUUGUGGUGAGCUCCGGUACUUGUCCUUGACCAGUAACAAAGUCGCCGGCGAUGUUCCGGUGUCGGAUUGCAAGAGUUUGGAGUAUUUGGAUCUUUCUGCCAAUAAUUUCUCAAUUGGGUUUCCUUCGUUUGGUGAUUGUGCAUAUUUGCAACAUCGUGAUUUGUCAUCCAACAAGUCUUCUGGAGACGUUAGUUCUUGUCUCUCUGUUUGUGGGAAACUCAGUUAUUUGAAACUUACCAAUAACCAUUUCACUGGUGCGAUUCCAAACCUUCCUAGCGGAGCCAUGCAGUCUCUGUACCUUUCUGGUAAUGGUUUUCAUGGGGUAUUGCCUUCAAAUCUUUCGAAUUUGUGUUCAGCUCUUGUGGAGUUGGAUUUGUCUUCCAAUAAUUUGUCUGGUACUGUGCCUGAAAGCUUUGGGGCAUGCUCUGUUUUGGAACUCCUUGAUAUUUCUGACAACAACUUCUCUGGUGAGUUACCAAUUGGAACCUUUCUCAAGUUGAGUAAUUUGAAGGAUUUGGUGUUAUCAUUCAAUGCUUUUGUUGGUUCUUUGCCUGAAUCUUUGUCAAAUUUGACAAACUUGGAGACUUUAGAUGUCAGUUCUAAUAAUAUUUCGGGUUUGAUUCCUUCUGGAAUUUGUCAAGACCCAAGAAAUAGUUUGAAAAUGCUGUAUCUUCAGAACAAUAUUUUCACUGGUUCAAUACCAGAGAGUCUCGCCUCGUUUGGUAGUCUGGAAAAUUUAGCCAUUCUCAAACUAGGAAACAACUCAAUCUCUUGGAGCAUCUCGGGGGAGCUAGGGGAUUGUUGUAGCUUGAUAUGGUUGGAUCUGAAUACAAACUUCUUGAAUGGGACUAUCCCGCCAGCUAUGUUCAAACAGUCUGGCAAGAUUGCAUUGGCAUUGCUCACUGGGAAAAUGUACGUGUACAUCAAGAAUGAUGGCAGUAAGCAGUGCCAUGGAGCAUGGAAUUUGCUUGAGUCCGGAGGAAUCAGACAGGAACAGUUGGACCGUAUUUCAUCAAAGCACCCCUGCAACUUUACUAGAGUUUACAGGGGCAGCACCAAACCAACAUUCAACCACAAUGGGUCAAUGAUUUUUCUUGACCUUUCUUACAAUAAGUUGGACGGUAGUAUUCCAAAGGAGCUUGGGUCCACAUACUAUCUCUCUAUAUUGAAUUUGGGGCAUAAUGUUCUCUCUGGUCCUAUUCCUCCAGAGCUUGGAGGUUUGAUGUAUGUUGCGAGUCUUGAUCUGUCAUAUAAUAGUCUCAAUGGUUCUAUUCCACCAUCAUUGACUGGCCUUGCAAUGCUCGUGGAGAUUGAUCUGUCCAAUAACCACCUCUCUGGAAUGAUUCCUGAAUCGUUUCCUUUUGAUACAUUUCCUGAUUAUAGGUUCCUCAAUAAUUCGGGCCUCUGUGGGUACCCUCUACCUCCUUGUGGGGCAGGUUCAGGUGCAAGUUUAAACCAGCACCAGAAGUCUCAUCGUAGACAAGCAUCCCUUGCAGGGAGCGUGGCAAUGGGGUUGUUGUUCUCCCUCUUCUGCAUCUUUGGUGUGAUGAUUAUAAUAGCUGUGGAAUCAAGGAAAAAGGAGGAUGCCCUCGAAGCCUAUGUGGAUGGUCAUUCCAAUUCAGCAACUGCAAAUAGCGCUUCGAGGCUAACCACUAUUCGCGAGGCAUUGAGCGUCAACCUGGCAACAUUUGACCAGCCUCUCCUGAGGCACACUUCUGCUGAUCUUCUUGAAGCCACCAAUGGCUUCCACAACGAAAGCCUUAUAGGUUCUGGUAAUUGUCCGAAUGGAAAGUGCAAUUUACCUAUUCAUCCCCUCUAG